AAAUUAUAUUAUAUUUGACCUGAAAAAUUAUAGGUCAAAAACAACUUAUAAAAAAUAUUAAAAUUAAUGAAGAACAGUUUUACAUUUCACAUUAAUUAACAACAUCAAAUCAUUAUGUUUCAUUCUGUUUAGAACAUUUGUUGCAUUCAGAUAGGACUUUCUAAUUAGGUCGUGGAUCAAUCCAAAACAGUCUGGUUACAUCUGAAACUCAACGAUUAAUCGAACAAGAUCUCAAGAUGAAUGAAUUUUGGAGUCGUCGUACUUGCGUUAUUUUGACUGGUGCUAGUAAAGGCAUAGGACAGUGUUUGGCUGUAGAAAUUGGUAAACUUCUGGUUCCAGAGUCUACCAUUGUUCUUAUGGCAAGAGAUACAAAUGGUCUAGAAAAAACCAAAGAAAUGGUGAACAAAGAAAAUAGUGACGUUUUAGUAGAGUGUUAUAGCAUGGAUUUCUACAACUCCAACGUAACAAUGUUUGAAAAAAUUGUCGAACCUAUUGAUUCAACAAAGUACGAAUUAUUUUUAUUAAUUCAUAAUGCUGGGUCAGUUGGUAAUCUAGAACAUCUUGCUGCUGAUAUGAAUGAUCCUGACGAAUGGAACAAAUAUAUGUUGUUGAAUUUAUAUUCAGUAACUUGUUUAACAAGUGCAUUUUUAUCCAAGUUCAAUUCAGAUACAACUGAAAGAUGUAUUAUCAAUAUGACUUCAUUAUUAGGUAUUGAACCAUAUAAAUCAGUUGGCUAUUAUUGUAUUGGAAAAGCUAGUAGAGAAAUGUUCUUCCGUGUAUUGGCUUUAGAAAACCCUACAUUGAACGUUCUUAGCUAUUCUCCAGGUCCUGUGUUGACUGAUAUGUAUACACACAUGAGUUUGAAUUCAAAAGAUAAAGAAUUACGCGAAAAACUUACCAGUAAAGAGCAACAAAAAUACAUCGUGAAAGUAGAAAACGCUUGUCAAAAACUAAUUAAUAUAUUAGCUAUGAGAAGUUAUAAAACUGGUGGUAGAGUUGAUUAUUUUGAUAAAUAAUUUUAUUUUGUAGAAAACUACAGUUUAUCAGUAUAAUAUAAUAGGUCAUACCUAGAUGUUAUUUUAUAGUUAAUUUUUUUAUAUGUAUUGUAGGUACUAAUUAUAAUUUAUGUUAGAAUAAAAGAAUUCUUCUUUUAUCUUAGUAUAAAAAUGUGCAUUUAAAUAAAGUUAUUACACAUUAUUUAUACAAUAUGUAUAUAUAGUUCAGCUUACUAGGUAAUAUAAAACAAAACAAAAUUGACUACAUAAAUA